CUUUGAUGACCACGACCCCGCAGUGAUCCAUGAGAACGCAGCGCAGGUGGAGGCGCUGGUUCCCAUCCGGCUGGACAUGGAAAUCGAUGGACAGAAACUGAGAGAUGCCUUCACUUGGAACAUGAAUGAGAAGCUGAUGACCCCGGAGAUGUUUGCAGAGAUCUUGUGUGAUGACCUGGACCUGAAUCCUCUGGCCUUCGUCCCCGCCAUCGCCUCCGCCAUCCGUCAGCAGAUCGAGUCGUACCCCAACGACGGCAUCCUGGAGGAGCAGCAGGACCAGAGGGUCAUCAUCAAGGUGGGUGCUGGGCCAAACCACCCAGCUAAGGGGAAUAAACCAACCUAAAAUCUCAUCUCAAAGACUCCCAUUGACAUAGAGAUUAAGGGCCCGUGUCCACAUAGCAGCGGCCGCUUCCAGAGUUUCAUCAAGAAAAUGCUCCCAGUGCUUUUUAAUUGUUUCUAUGACAACAAUAUCUUUAUAUCGUAAGUUAAGUUGUUAAAGAGAGAGGAAACAAAGACAAACACUGCUGCUGCAGGAUUAAGUUGGUAAGACAUGAGCCGCUUUCACACUAAGUACGUUGCCGUACUUAGUUCCCAGCACUUAGGCCCCGGCCACACGAGGACGAUAACGGUCGUUUCAGUUACCGUUUUGUGUCAUAUAGACCGUUCGGCCACAACAGGACGACAGAAUAUGGCACUAAAUGACUACGGUAACAAUAACGGGUCCCAAGGUGGAUAGAAUCGCAUACGCAACGCUCUGGGGGGGUCCAACGG